GUGCGAGCUCCCUGAUUGGAGACUUUUCUGCUGGCCUCGCUCGACGGAGCCUUCCGAUACUGUUGAUCUCUUGUUUGCUAUUUCAAUCGCUUAUCGCCCCGGCCGACCACCAGCGUGACAGGUCAAACCUGACCUGGCGACGUCGUGUUUCCGUCUUGUCUGCUUUGCGGUCGUCCUGUGUCCCCCUUUGCAACGCUCGCUUUGCCUUUUCGGUGGCGGCGGUCGAGCUAAGGGCGCUAGCCGCUCGGCUAAAGCCGAGCAGCGGCUCCUUGUGGGCCACUUUAGCCCGUUAGCAAGCUUGAGCUCGGCCGCGUCUCGCUCAUCUCGACACUGACGGACAGCGGCGCCUUGAGCUUGUCACUGACAAGCCAUUCGAGCGCAGCAGCCAGCAUGUCGGGGCAGCCGUCAGGCUGCGGCUUCCUCAUGUCGGUGGUGGUCCAUGGAGACUCGACUCUCAACGAGCAGGAGAAGGAGCUCAGCCAGCGGCUGCGACGCCUCUACCCAGCUGUUAACGAGAGCGAGACGCCGCUGCCUCGCUCCUGGAGCCCCAAGGACAAGUUCAGCUACAUCGGGCUGUCGCAGAACAACCUUCGGGUGCACUACAAAGGGCACGGCAAGACCCCGAAGGACGCGGCGUCGGUGCGGGCCACCCACCCCAUCCCGGCGGCGUGCGGCGUCUACUACUUUGAGGUCAAGAUCAUCAGCAAAGGGCGAGACGGAUACAUGGGCAUCGGCCUCUCUGCGCAGGGCGUCAACAUGAACCGGCUGCCUGGUUGGGAUAAGCACUCAUACGGUUACCACGGCGAUGACGGCCACUCCUUUUGCUCAUCUGGCACCGGGCAGCCGUACGGGCCCACCUUCACCACGGGCGACGUGAUCGGCUGCUGCGUCAACCUCAUCAACAACACCUGCUUCUACACCAAGAACGGACACAGCCUCGGCAUCGCCUUCACAGACCUUCCACCCAACUUGUACCCGACGGUGGGCCUGCAGACGCCCGGCGAGGUGGUGGACGCCAACUUUGGCCAGCAUCCGUUUGUCUUUGACAUUGAGGACUACAUGCGCGAGUGGAGGACCAAGAUCCAGGCGCAGAUCGACCGCUUUCCUGUCGGCGAGCGUGAGGGCGAGUGGCAGUCCAUGAUCCAGAAGAUGGUGGCGUCCUACCUGGUGCACCACAGCUACUGCGCCACUGCCGAGGCCUUCGCCAAGACCACCGACCAGGCUGUGCACGAGGAGCUGGCCUCCAUCAAGAAUCGUCAGAAGAUCCAGAAGCUGGUGCUGUCCGGCAGGAUGGGCGAGGCCAUCGAGACCACUCAGCAGCUCUACCCGACCCUCCUGGAGAGGAACCCGGACUUGCUCUUCAUGCUCAAGGUGAGACAGUUCAUCGAGAUGGUGAAUGGAACGGACAGCGAGGUGCGCUGUCUGGGUGGUCGCAGCCCCAAAUCUCAGGACAGUUACCCCAGCUCCCCCCGGCCCUUUGGCAGCCCCGCUCACAAAGCCGGCAGCUCGCAGUCGUCCUACCUGGCAGGUGCUGACAACUGCUGCAACGGCGUGACGUCCAAUAAGAGCCACGGCUCGGCCCCUCACGGUCAUAAGCCCUGCCCUCCGGGGUCAGAUGUCAGCUUGAACGGAAACCGCGGCCAGACGGCCGCAACCAGCGACGUGGAGAUGGAGGUGGAACACUUCACCAACGGUGUGACUGAGUCGUCCUCCAACGGCUUCCUGAACGGUUCCGCCAAACACCCCAGCGAGCCUGACGACUGUGACGCCGACAUGGAGGUGGAGUCUACUCAGGCAAAGCGACAGCUGUGCGGCGGCAGCCAGGCGGCCAUCGAGAGGAUGAUCCACUUUGGCCGAGACCUGCAGAGCAUGAGCGAGCAUCUCAGGAGGGAGUGCGGCAAGAACUCUGCCAACAAGAAGAUGCUGAAGGACGCCUUCAGCCUGUUGGCCUACUCAGACCCCUGGAGCAGCCCGGUGGGCUACCAGCUGGACGCCAUCCAGAGGGAGCCCGUGUGCUCCACGCUCAACAGCGCAAUACUCGAGACUCACAACCUGCCCAAGCAGCCCCCACUGGCCCAGGCGGUGGGCCAGGCCGCCCAGUGCCUCGCCAUCAUGGCGCGAUCGGGCAGCGGCUCCUGCGCCUUUGCCUCUGUGGACAAUUACCUGCACUAGCCACUCACACAGUAGUGAGCAAAAGUCUUUGUCCACCGAUUUUACCACCGGACGGUUUGGAAAGAGAAGUGUUUUAAGAAAUUCGCCACAGUGGUGCUAAAAUUUCUCUUUUUAGUUAACAGAAACGGCGCAACUUGCUCCAAGGUGCUCCCUCUACAGCAAGCUGGCACUUGUUCAAGUGAAACUCACAUCUUCUUGCCACCACAAAAUUGCACUAUUUGGAACCCCUCAACUUGACAAGACGGCAGCAAAACGCCGCUUUUAUCUAAUUGAAACUCGGCAACUCAUUCCAUCGUAGUUCCUCGAUGCUGCCAGAUGGCGGAGAAACAUUUUUUAGUCGAAUGAAAUGCCUCAACCUCCCUGAAACAUUAAUGGGACCUGUUUUCCCAACAUUGUAUCUUGCCAAAGUUGCAUUUUUAUGCGAGUGGCGGUGGUCCCGAGCCAAUCUGCAAAUAAAAUCGCAAACAGCAGUGCGACUGCGGGGGUUCUCACUCCAUCCUUUGCCACCUUUGUGGCAUCAAUAGGCAAUUCCAAGCUUUUUUUUUUUUCUUUUUUAAAUCAGUUGGGAAUUUUUGAUAUUCGAAAGAAAUCAUGGAAGUGCUAUGCUAUGGAAAAAACGGUGGAACAAAAUUUUUGCACACCACUGUGUACACACACACACACAUACACCACCUCCCUUUAUGUGGUAAAUAGAAACCAGCCCCUGACACCCCUCCUGACUGACUGAUGGCGUGACAUUGGCCCAGUGUAGCCAUCUUAAUUGCCCCUGCCCAACCCCUCGCUGAGAAACAGUGAGCCCAGCACCCCCCCCACUCCCCUUUCUGUAUUUUAUUUUUUUUUAUGUUCAUUUAGUUCUGGCGUCAAGGAAGGGUGGGGGGGCUCUUGGGUUCUGGCUCUUAGUUGAUGCAGGUUUACGAGGUGCAGACGCCACCGUUCAAAUGACUAUGAUGAAUGAUUAUUCUGAUUCUUGUUACUUGCAUUGACUUUACAGCCACUUGUGAUGCUAAUAAAAGAAGCCAGCCCGUGUA